CUCUCUCAGUGUCUGGUUUGUAAAUUGUAUGGUCUGAAACUCAAAUGGCUGCUUCUCUCAAGAUAGGAAUCGGCCCCGCCCUUCCUUCUCACCACCUCUCCGCCAUGGCCACCGUCUCCAAUGCUCCGCCGCCGCCUCCUCACCGUCUCGUCUUCCUCAGGUCUUCUUCCGCUCGCCGCCGCCCCCUCGCUUCCCGCUCCUCUCGUCUCCUUCUUCGCCCUCGCGCGUCCUCCGGCGACCUCUCUCCGUCUCCAGGAGUCGAGAAUCUGGUAAUCAUUGGUUCUGGUCCUGCUGGAUAUACUGCAGCCAUAUAUGCUGCUCGGGCAAAUCUAAAGCCUGUGGUGUUUGAGGGUUUCCAAGCAGGCGGUGUUCCUGGAGGACAGUUAAUGACUACUACGGAAGUGGAGAAUUUUCCUGGGUUUCCUGAUGGAAUUACUGGUCCAGAUCUGAUGGAUAGGAUGCGGAGGCAAGCAGAGCGAUGGGGUGCUGAAUUAUUUCAAGAAGAUGUUGAGUCUAUUGAUGUAAAGAACAGUCCUUUUACUGUGCAAAGUAGUGAACGCAAGGUUAAGUGCAAUAGUAUAAUAUAUGCAACGGGAGCAACAGCAAGACGACUUAGGUUACCUCGUGAAGAUGAAUUUUGGAGUAGGGGAAUUAGUGCUUGUGCUAUUUGUGAUGGCGCAUCACCCUUGUUUAAAGGUCAAGUUCUUGCUGUUGUUGGAGGAGGUGAUACAGCAACGGAGGAAGCAUUAUACCUGACUAAAUAUGCUCGUCAUGUUCAUUUACUUGUACGUAAGGAUCAACUUAGAGCUUCUAAAGCAAUGCAGGAUAGAGUGUUCAACUGUCCAAAUGUUUCCUUGCACUUUAACACGGAGGCUGUGGACAUUGUUAGCAAUACAAAAGGGCAGAUGUCUGGCAUUUUAGUUCGAAAAGUUGAUUCUGGGGACGAAUCUGUGCUUGAGGCGAAGGGUUUGUUUUAUGGAAUAGGUCAUUCACCAAACAGCCAGUUAUUGAAAGGCCAAGUUGAGCUCGAUAGCUCUGGGUAUGUGGUCGUGCAGGACGGUACUGCAAAAACUUCUGUGGAAGGUGUAUUUGCAGCUGGAGAUGUGCAGGAUCAUGAAUGGAGGCAAGCUGUCACAGCUUCUGGAUCUGGAUGCAUUGCUGCUUUAUCAGUUGAGCGGUAUCUUGUGAGCAAGAAUCUUCUUAUUGAGUUCCACCAGCCCCAAACUGAAGAGGUCAAGAAGGAACCGACGGACAGGGAUGUUCAAGAGGGAUUUGACAUUACACUUACAAAGCAUAGAGGCCAGUAUGCUCUUCGAAAACUAUACCAUGAAAGCCCCAGGCUUAUCUGUGUACUAUAUACAGCACCAACAUGUGGUCCGUGUAGGACUCUGAAGCCAAUUCUCAGUAAGGUGAUAGAUGAAUUUGAUCAAAAUGUACAUUUUGUUGAAAUUGAUAUUGAGGAAGACCAAGAAAUAGCAGAAGCAGCUGGGAUUAUGGGUACUCCCUGCGUGCAGUUCUUCAAAAAUAAGGAGAUGAUCAGGAAUAUACCUGGAGUCAAAAUGAAGAGCGAGUACAGGGAAUUUAUCGAGUCGAACAAAUGAGGUUGUAAAAUUAUUGCCUUCAGAUCUUCUGCUUCAAUUUUGCUUCAUUUGACCUAAUAAGCCAAGUGGAAAAAUGCCUUAAAAUAUUUUCAUGUCCUGUAACAUUCAAUUUAUACUGUAGAUUUUAGAUACAGAGUUGAGAAAAGGGCCAAAAAAACAAAAAAAACACUAAUCAUGUGCAGAACAGACAUUCAUUUAAGGGGGUGACUCCUAUUGUUCGUCCUCAAAUUCCUUGACUUUGGUUUUUGGAUGAAUAAGGUUCGAUUACUUCGAUAAUAUAUGAGAAUUCAUUGUUCGA